UGCCAUGAAGAGGAAUCCAGUUCCCUGGCUAGCCUGCUGUGGCUCGACUUGCUUCGCAUUGUUGGCUUGAGCUAGCUCUUGUUUGAGUCUUUUGCACUCGUUCUUCCCAUGCCCUUCAACAGUGAUGGCAUUGGCCCUUCAUAUUUAGCGUCCAUAGCGUCCUUCCACUUUGCUGAGUCGCUCGAGUUCAGUGCUUGCUUGAAGGUUUUGGACUUUGUGUGCAAUACUUUGGUUGCAGGAGCGUAGGCAAGGUUGCUCUGUCGAAUUCGAGUGCUGGAGCAGCUUUUAAAUGAUUUUACACCUGCACCAGUGGCGGGAGCAAAUUAUAUUGCUCAUGAGAAGCCGCUGGCUCAAGUGAGCAGCAAAAACAUUGAUGUGCUAGGGUUACUAUUGCUUGGGACGCGGGUGGGUGCACAUCUACAUAACCCGGCCACAUCGCCCUCCUACCCUACCCUCGUUACCGGCUCUCACCUCCUUACUCCCGCCUCCCCGGAUGCCUUGGGCGACAGUCAACCCGAUCAUACCACCGCGGGCCUUUCGUCGACGCCAGCCUUGCGUAUUAACGUCGCCCAUACACCCCCCGAUAUCCCAUGCCCUACGCUUUCGUUUUACUCCUCCCCUACUGCUCCAUCGCGUUCCCUGGCAUCUCAUCCGCGGUGGUUUUUCAAACAAAAACGAAAUCCGGAAAUGGGUACUCGCCCUCGGCGAGGUUGCGAAUCUACGGCCCAGGUUCCAGUACGCGCACCCAGCCCCAGUUGCGCUCGGAGAAGACAUGGACAACCCCGUCCUGUCGUACCGCAGUCAUAGACGAAUGGCAUGCGAUACCUCUGUUUAUGCUUCCUUACUCCACCUCCUCUGGUUCCCGGCGAAUACCGGGAUCUCCAAGUCCCCCGCCGAAUCGCCGCCAUUGCCUUUGCAAACUGCGACCAACCCGUAUCGAACGUCUGGGCCGACUUCAACAGCCUCGAGAUGGCAGUGGCAUCAUUCAAGGUUAUGUCCCCCAUCUCGGCCGGCUCCACCCCACGAUCGACCAUCGCCGCCACGUCGGGUUUUCUGGGCCUUCGCCGCAACGCCCGGACUUCCUGAUACUUGCACCGCCUCGUUUGGCAGGUUUUCUCGCUUAGCCCGCUUGGCCUUCUCAACUUUCGCCCCCACCCUUCCCAUACAUAGAAAACCUUGUAUAUUGAAAUCCUCCAAUCUAUCACCCAUAAACCCUAACCCUAAAGCAAGAUCAGUGCGAACAUCCCAUACCGUUUCCAGCUCCCCGGUUAUUGUUGUGCAUCCUUUGAUUGGUUGUGCUGUCCGGCUCCUUCUGAACUUCCAAUCCGUUAUGGGCAGUGAAGGCUUGGUGCGGUGGGGAAGGUCAAACCAUGACGGUAGCAUAUAAGAUCGGGAUUACAUGCUGAUUCUGGGACCAGACACCUGACGCCAAGGCUAGGAACCGAAUUUCGGGACAUGUCCUGAAAUGCCGGUCAGUAAGAGUUGGUUGCAACUGCGGUCCCGUCCUGUUGAAGCGUGAAGCAACUGGCUGGACGGGAAACCGCUCGGACUUAGCUGCUACCAAAGAAGCUCGCAUCCUAUACACAAACGCACACACCGUUGAGAAUGCACAUGUAGGACGAGCCAACUGGCACCUAGCCCCACUCCGAGAACGUUACCCAUCCCACCAACACAGUGGGAUGCGUGUUGGGGCAUGCAGUGCUGAUGCAGUGUCGAACACGUUUAGGGAUGUACAGUAUUGCUUUGUUUCCUUUCGAUGAGCAACACUUGUCCGAGGGGAUUG